UGUUCAUUGUAUAAAGUUGCGUUGCAUAUUUUCAACACAAUAUUGUGGAUACUAAAUUGGCGGCCGCUUUUCCUAACGAUGUCUUCAUCACAUUGGAGAUCGUUGCUAUGCGAGUUUAAUCAGUUACAGUUAAAAGCUACACUCCUAGGAGGUCAAAGUUUUCGCUGGAAAAGUCAUCAACCCAACGGAGUGGAAGAAGGCCAGGCUGAAUUUAUUGGUGUUUUUGCCAACAUUGUAUGGAUUCUUCGGCAGGCCGAACACGAACUACAGUAUCGCAUCGUUGGGGAACAACCGUACCCGAAUGGUUCGAACAUGGAUAUGGUCAACUCUCCCCUAAAGAAGAAGCCAACUGGUAGCGGAAAUCUUGCUCAUGUUCGUCUUAAAGUAGCAGAACCGGUGGAGUAUGGCACGGGUAGUGAACUACUUUAUCCGAGCUCUUACUAUGAGCAGUUGCUGCGAAUUUACUUCCGUUUGGAUGUGAAUCUCGAGGACCACUACCAGCAGUGGACAAAGUGCCAUACACACUUUGCGCACAGCGCUGAUAAAUUCUAUGCCGUCCGGCAGCUCGAUCAGGAUCCGGUGGAAAACCUGUUUAGUUUCAUUUGUUCACAAAACAAUCAUAUAGCGAGAAUCUCCGAUAUGGUGGAAAAGCUGUGCAGCAAUUACGGGGAUAAAAUCUGCGACUACGAGGGCAAAGCGUACUACACGUUCCCAUCCGUAGCUGCAUUCGCUCAUGAAUCCGUUGAACCACGGCUUCGCGAGCUGGGCUUUGGUUACCGUGCGAAAUACAUACAGCGUUCGGCAGAACAAAUCCUCCGCGCGGGCGAUCUCGAAUGGUUUCAACGGCUCAGCCACCUGGACUACAAGGAGGCCCACAAGGAGCUGCUAACACUGACGGGCAUCGGUCCGAAAGUGGCCGACUGUAUUUGCCUUAUGUCGCUAAAUCACCUGCAAGCGAUUCCGGUUGAUACGCACGUUUUUCAGCUCGCCAAAAACUACCUCCCUAAGUUGGGGGACACGAAAAACGUCACAGACCGGCAGUACGUAUUGGUGGCGGACAAAUUUCGUGAAAUCUACGGCCCAUUUGCAGGUUGGGCACAAACGGUCCUAUUCUGCUCCGAUCUACGGCAGUUCAAGGAAAACAACGGGAAAAGGAAUAUCGAGAAUAAAUCGACGACGAAGAAAAAAUCAAGGAAAAAUUAACAACAACCAAACGAACGGUGUUUACAGUUUAUUAUCUUCAAAAAAUUAAAUACAAUAUUUAAUCUAUCCAUAGGAAAGAAUAUACUGUAGGAUACUUGCUUUAGAAGUAUUCUUCUCCUACAUCUAUCUGCGUCGA